GAGGGGUGAGGACAGCAGCAUUUCUGUGAACCUCCCGGAGGUAGGAGAUCACAUCAGAAGACAGGAUGCCACGAACAGGGUCGUUUUGACGCACGUUCCCAGGAAACGCAAGAGGAAUAAGUGCUGCCAUGAUAAUCACUCCCAAAUGGGAUUAAUCAAGCGCUUUAUCUCAGCAUCAGAAGCUUCACAGACUCGCUCCUCAGCCUAAUUCCACAACUUCAUGCUUUCUUCACCGGUCUCGAGUGGAGUUCUCUGGAGCGAGAGGCAUCCAUGCACAUUCACUGAGCAGCAUGUUCCAUGAGGAGUACCAUGAGGAGAUGGACAGUGAGUAAGAGUGUGUCUGCAUGCUGGUCGGUGCGUGUCGUCUAUCUUCUCGCCGUCUCCGUGAUCUUCGCGUCCAGCGUCACCUGCCGCAGCGCAUGUCCCGUGCAUCGGGCGCUCAGGGUCGCCAACUCCUCAUCCGCCUCCGCCUCCGCCUCCACCUCCGGGCGGCAUGUGCGCAGCUACGUUCACCUCCAGGGAGACGUGCGCCAGAGGAAACUCUUCUCCUUCCAGAAGUUCUUCCUUAGGAUCGGGAAAGACGGGAGAGUCAACGGCACCAAGAGCAAAGACGAUCCCUUCAGUAUUCUGGAGAUCACGUCAGUGGAUGUUGGGAUCGUUGCCAUCAGAGGAAUCGGCAGUAACCUUUACCUGGCUAUUAGUAAGAGAGGAGAACUGUAUGGAGCGAGAAACUACGGCAUAAACUGCCGUCUGAAGGAGCGCAUCGAGGAGAACGGGUACAACACAUACGCUUCUGCCGAGUGGAGGAACAAGAAGCGUCAGAUGUUUGUGGGCCUGAGCGCUCACGGAAGACCCCUGCGUGGGAGAAAGACCCGCAGGAAGAACACAGCUACACACUUCUUACCCAUACUGGUGUGACUUUCGUUCAUAAUGCCGACGGGGCCGGAGAGAGAUCGGUGAUGAAGACUGUCCACACGUGACUCUGUAGAGGCUGUGCUCCUUCACGGCGCUAGACGAAAUAAUAUCCUCAUGCCAGCUGACAUUAAAUUGUAAACAUGCUCGAAAAGAGCAAAAAAUGCGGGCUUUCGUUUCCAUUGUGCAUCAUUCCAGUAAUCUAAAAUUAUGGAUUAUGUGUGAAAGACCUUUCUUCAAACUCUCUUUGAUAGGAUCAUGUGCUUAAGAAUGUCUGCUUUCAUUUCUUUCUGACGGACGUGAACAUCCUGUGGGAGCAGCUCUUGUGGGAGGCUGCAUGCGUCGCACAGAGAAAGAGAUAGUGGGGAUGUAUAUGAGAAAUUUGUAUCUUCAGAAAACUGUUUUGGACUGCUUUGAAAUAAAUAAAUUAUUUAUUUGUAUUGUAUUUAAGUAAAAUACUCUAAAAAAACAUAUUAAAAGCAUAUAAAAUGGAUAACCUCUAAUCCUGUGAAAUAAAAUCUAUUUUGUUA